AUGUCCGACCAGGAUUUGAGGAACGCAAUUCUCCGGCUCACUGAACUGGUAGCUAGCCAACAAGAGCAGAUUCAACUUCUCAACCGAACCGGUGAAGCCAACCAACCGGGAAUUGACGGCAAGAAUCUGGACGAUCCGGCGAAGGUGAGGCUACUCUUAAGGAAGAUCGGCACCAAGUUCCAUGAGCGGUACGUAAACAGUAUCCUGCCAAAGCAUCCCCGCGAUUUCGGCCUGGACGACACGGUGAAGAAACUUAAGAAGCUAUUUGGCCGCCAAACCUCGCUGUUUAACGAUCGCUACCGUUGUCUACAAUAUGUCAAGAACGAAGCAGACGAUUUUUCAAGUUACGCUGCCUCUGUGAACAAGCACUGCGAAGCAUUCCAGCUGACCAAGCUCACCGACGACCAAUUCAAGGCACUACGUUUUGUUUGCGGUCUACAAUCUCCCCGCGAUGCAGACAUCCGAACUCGAUUGAUCGGUAAGUUAGAAGCUGAAGAGCAUGCUCCGCCAGCAGACGGCACGAAGCUCACACUAGAAAAUCUCGUCGAGGAGUGCCAUCGGUUUAACAAUCUGAAGCAGGACACCAAGAUGGUAGAGAAGCCCGUUCCGGAAAAAUCCGUCGUCAACGCCGUUUCUACCAAGCCUGCUAAGAAGAAGCAACCGAAAUCUCCGUGCUGGUUCUGCGGUGAUUUACACUUUGUGAAGGAAUGCCCCUAUCAAGACCACAGCUGUAGCAAGUGCAAACGGAAGGGGCAUAAAGAAGGUUACUGCUCAUCCGUGGAAUCAAAACCGAAGUCUGCAAAGGAAUUCGAAAAACCGAAAUCCAAGGAAUAUGUGAAGUCCAAAGGAAUUUCGGUGAAACGCAUCGAUCUCCAAGGGAAGAGGAAAUACGUUACCGUCGGAAUCAAUGGCAACGAUUCUGUUCUCCAGUUGGAUUGCGCUUCCGAUAUCACGAUCAUUUCUACGCAAACCUGGAAGGCGAUCGGAAAACCAGCCAUCAGCGAAACCGAAAUCACCGCCAUCAGCGCUUUCGGAAAUAAGAUCGACAUGACUGGAGAGUUCCUUGCUGAAUUAACCAUCCAAAGCGUGACGAAAGCAGGCACUUCUCAAGGUGUUCGGAAGCAAAAAAGGAAUUCCGGUAUACACGGCCAACCGACUUCAACGCUGGGCGCUUACGCUGAUGCUGUACGAUUUCGACAUCCAGUUCGUGCGCAUUGA